ACCGAAAGGAAAGAAACAAAAGUAGCAAAAGAAGCAUCAAUCUUUUAAUCGAUAAUAAUGUCGAUGUCAAAAAAUCAAGUAAGGGAUCCAUUUGUUUAUGUUCGGAGGAGGAGGACACAAAGAACUCAACUAGUUGCUAAUGUAGAGCCUUCCUUUGCUCCACAGGAGAUUUCAAUGAAAGAAACAGGUCAAACGGGUUCAAAAACUCAACGUACAGAACCCAACAAACUCUUGGAAAAUACGGUGGCAAAAACUUCUAAGGAAGAAAGAACCAAGGACUGUUCCAACAGCUCAAAGUUGAAAACUAGACUAUCCACAGGUGGAGAUGCUGGAAAUGCUAAAGUUAUAAGUGAUAAUAAAGUGGACAAGCGCAAAACCUGGAAGCCUCAAACACAAGAAGAGACAAAUUGGAAUCAGCUUGCUCUUGUUAACGAUGGGAACACUGAUUAUGUUACCAGUCAAUUGGAUUUUGCCAAUGACGCGGGAGGAGAAGCACAAAAGAACUCUUUGCAAUUUCCUCUAAAUAAUACUUCUGGGAGCAGCAAUAAUGCUAAGAGAAAAGGUAAAGAGAUUUAUCAAGAGAAAAACAAGAGAGUGGAUUUUGCAGAUAUUUAUGCACAAAGAAGAAAUAAAGGUAUCACUAUCUGUGAGAUGAACUCCAGAUCAGAAGUGGCCAAACUUUUGGGAAAAAGCUGCAAUGAUAAUUUUAGUGGCAAAAAAUUGCACUCCCAAGGUUUGAACCAAGUGAGAUCUAACUAUUUUCUUGGUAAUAGUAUGAAGGGAAUGCGUGCAUGGCCAAGCCUUCAUGAGCGAAGUAUCAUGGUUCAUCCAUCAAAGAAUAUUGGCCCAUCAAGAUUCAGCCCUUACUAUGAUCAGUGCAAGCCGAGAACAUCAGUACCUGCGCCGCUUAAUUUCUCUGUGAUGAAAUUGAUAACGGAUGAUGAAAAAUUGACUGAUGAAGAAUUACUGUAUGGAAAAGAGUUGCUUAGUACUCAAGGCUUAUCAGCAGGAGACCAAAGGGUGCAGGUGCCACAACCGCCUUGCAGUCAAGUCGGAAACCAUCAGAACACGAAGACAAAUCCAGAGUCUGUGUCAUCGAACUUCUCUUACAUGAAACUGCUUAUGGAUGAUGAUAGCUCCACAAUGGAUAAUGAGAUAUAUGAAAAGGAGUUCCGCGGUACUCAGCCCAGUUUAUUGUCAUCAGGAGAAACGGUGAAGCAGUGGCCAUGCAGCCAAGCAGGAACGUAUCAUUCUGAGAACUCUUCGCAGAAGAUUAACUUACCAAGUUAUCAGCAUCAAGUGUUGCAGCAACCCCAGAAAAUAUCCUACAGAGAUCUGCUGCAAAGAGAGGAUAUAUCAUACGUGGAUCUUCUGACCAGAGAAGAUAUAUCGUGGACUUGAGAUGCUUGCUUUGGACUCUGCCGGACAUAUCUUUUGAUGUUUUUUCUCCUUGAAUUGGUUGUUGUGUUUUAGUUUUUGAUGGUGUAGUUGACCAGUUAUCAAAUAUAGAUUCGACAGACAUAAUUUAGUAGUAGCUGUUAAUUUUUUCCAGCGCUUUAGAUAAUAUUUGGAUUCUAGUAUGCUUUAUUCAAGAAAAUCUGGAUUCUGCUA